CUCUGAUUUCACAUCCAAUCGACCCGCCCACAUCUUUCGGAUAGUCACUCAACCUGAGUUCCGAAGAGCCGCAUCGUGCAAUGCCAUUUCCGGGCCUUGCAGCGACUCCUUCAUGGAUUUAUCACCACUUCAAGACGAUCUUCCAAAGCGCUCAUCGUUCCGUGGAAGACGUCCAACAGCGACCAAUAAUGUACAUCCCAGCAAAGAUGGUGACUUCAGAGGCCCCGUUACACCCUAAGACACCGUCGGUCGGCUUGGAAGCUGCGGGCCUUGUUGCCCUUGCCGAGCUGACAACUAUCCAGGAGAGGACUGCUUUAUCGGGGACAUCCUCCCUGCUGGACAUAUUUAUCUUGGCUCCCGGUCUCCAUGUACAGGAGAGAGCGGUUGAACUGAAUACGGGGGAGUAUCCAGCAUGCGGUGCUCUCACUACAGGUUAUGUCUUCCGCGUGGAGAAUCCUGCAACUGUGUUCUACCUGCAAAGAGUCGGACGAACCGGAAAGUUGACUACUCUCAACGUCACAAGGUUAAACAGCGCCGCAAAGUGGCACCACAGACUAAAAUCAGUCUUCAUCUCACCCUCCAAAAUGAACAUUAUUCCGGUCGUGACCUACUUCAUGGCGGUCCUCUGGGGAAUCGCAGGCUUGCUCCUGCUCAUUUUAUCCGAAGAUUGGUGGGGAGUCGCCGUGGUGGGAAUCCUUAUGACAACACGCCUGAUCAAUUUUGUGGUGAUUAGAUGUCGAAGCGAGCUGACGUGGGCUGGGGCACCGGAGCCAGGCGAAGUGGGAGAUCUGUUUAUUCUGCUUAGCCAGGACCGUUGGAUUCGAAUACAAGGUCUUGUGGACGAUCUGAAAGCAGUGACCUCUGGGAAAUGGCUUCGGGAUCAAACGACGGUGGAAAGCUGGCUUACUGCCAUUGCCAAAGUCUGCGUGUACCUCGCCGCUGCAUUGGCUAGCAAUGUCACCCAGUUCGGCAAGAUUAUUCUUCUCAGUCUGUUCAUUGGCUCAGCGGGCCUCCUGGGGCUGGCAAAUUCAGCGACCCAUGAGCUACACAUGCAUGGGCGCAUGGUCAGAGUGACUGGCGAGCGCAGGAGUUACGGCCGACGCCUGGAUCUUGCAAAGGAAUUGACUGAUGAAACAAAACGUGACGACUGGGCCGUGCGCAUGGGACUCAUUGUCAAAGAUGAGCCAACAACUAACACGGUGAGAGUUGAAAUGUAGUUAGAGCCAAGCGGAGUCUCGUCGGUGGGGUGUCUUUUCCAAAACACCAGGAACUCGGCGGGGUGGCUCCAUUGUCAUAUCGCCUACUCCGUACUCUGCACACAGUUACUUCCCCGGCUGCUAUUGUUCUCGUGGGAAUACUGCCGCCAUCGCACAAAGAAUAAUUUAGUGUGGAUGGUUAUUGCACCCGAGUGUUAGGGGUUUUUGGGGACAAGAACUUUGGUGUUGUUCGGGGUGGUGGGAAAGGAUUAGGGAGGCCAAUUUUCUUUGUUGCAGGCUCUGGGUUUAGGCUGCGGCCUUCCAAUAAUCAGCAGACUUUCCCUUUCAUCAUUUCUCUCAGUCUUGCAUCUCCUGCUGUGUUUGUUCAAAUAUUUGAAGAAUAUCCAGCCCAUUGGUAUUUCUGAAUAAAUGUACAAGUCAUUUUC